AUGGCGACUACCCCUCCUUCUGCUGCCAUCAUCGGCUCUACCGGCCUCGUCGGCGGCCACAUCCUAUCGACCCUCCUCGCCGUCGAGACAUUCACUCCCGUCCAUACCAUCACCCGCCGCGCACCCAAGGCCGAAUCGCCUCGCCUCGACGCCGUCGUCGACGCAGACACCUCCAAAUGGGCUGGUCUCCUGUCCGGCUUCGCGCCCACGCCCUCGGUCGUCUUUUCCGCCCUGGGCACUACACGCGCUGCUGCCGGAGGACUCGCCAACCAGUGGAAGAUUGAUCACGACCUCAAUGUUGAGCUUGUCAAGGCAGCCAAGGCUGCGGGUACGGGAACAUUCGUCUUUAUCUCGAGCGCGGGCACGCGGGGCUUCCCUUCGAGCAUGGCGCCAUACAGCAAGAUGAAGAACGGCGUCGAGGACGCAAUCAAGGAGCAGGAUUUCCAGCAGGCCGUCAUCCUCAAGCCAGGCAUGAUCCUCGGCCACAGGGAGCAGGGCCGCGCGCUCGAGGGCAUCUUCCAGGGAGCUGUCAACGGGAUCGGCAAACUCAGCACCGCGGUAAAGGACGCGGUUGGUCAGGACGCCGAGGUGAUUGGAAGGGCAGCCGUCAAGGCUGCGCAGUUGGCCGCUGAGGGCAAGGCGCCCAGCAAGUACUGGGUCAUUGAGGCGGCCGACAUUGUCAGGCUGGGACGGACAGAGUGGGCGGGCAAGGAGAAGGCCGAGGAGGAGGUGAAGGCACAGGCGUAG